AUGCUAGAGCAGCAAUUAGCCAGCCAGUCGGAAAUCGAGGUUGCAGAUGUCACCUAUUCUCAUUCUCAUAGCCUAAGCACUGGGACCGAGGCAGCAUCAGCCACUACUAUGGGAGAGAUGGAAUGGACUAUGCCCUUCGAUCUGGCACAGUCAUCCUGGACUGAACAUCUAGAAAUUAUCUCAGAACCUAAUUUGGACUCUAACUGGCAGGACUAUAGCGAGGUCUCGCAAGGUAUCGAAGCAGCACCUCGACAACGCACCCAAACACCAGAUGACCCAUCAAUCACCAGCGACUUACCCCCACUGAUUCAGUUUGACUUGGUGCACCCGCUGUUUCCCAUGGUCCAUAAGCGACGAUAUCUGUCAUGGACCAAGUCAAAGGACCCUAGUCCAGCUCGCCAAUGUUUGAGAAUGACUAUGAGGGCACUUGCCGCGUCCAUGUCAUCCCAGUUCCGUUCUCGUGGAGAAGACCUGUAUCUUAAAGCGAGGCAGAUGGCUGAGGAUCUUGAAGCCAGCGAAUUGGGUUUGCCCUGGACAGAUACCAUUAUCAGCAUCGAGCAGAUACAGGCAUGGCUCCUUCUCGUACAUUACGAGCUUUUAGCACCUCACAUCUAUCCAGUAUCAACAACAGCUCGGCAGGCACUUCGUUUGGUGUAUCUCUCGCGGCUACAUUGUAGUGACCAACAGGCGCCGUCUACAGGUAGUUCGAACUCGUCAAAUGAUUCAACUUCAACUGGUCCGAACUUCCCAACGAUUGAGGAGAGGAGAAGGACCUUUUGGGUUGCUUUCUGCUUAGACCGGUUCUUGAGUGCAUGCGAAGAGUCUCUACCAGCCAUUCACGACGAAAUUAUCUCGGUCCGUCUUCCAUGUCCAGAAAGGUACUUUCAGAAUGGAGAUGAGGUCAAGAUGGGCUUCGCAGACGAGGCACUCAAGUACGCAAAACUGGACGCGACAUCGCGUUUCGCCGAAUUUGUUACAAGCAUGGCUCUUUUUGGCCGCUGCACUAUUCAGAAGCAUAUACCGAAAAGCGGACCGUCGUUAGAAAAAGAAAGCUCGUCUUUCUGGAAAAGGCACGAGUGGCUGGCAUCAGCUACAAAAAGGCAAAUUGACCUAUUAUCCACCAAUGCAACGGAUGUGGAUGACGAACCAAUGGCGAUCGUGACGUUGAUGGUAACGUACGGUUCCAUUAUAGCAUUGGCAAAAGCGAGCAAAGCAAUGCCUUGUCAAACAGAGGAAGAGCAACUAGUUUCGGAGGCGUAUGAUAAAUCAGCCGGCGAGGCCGCCGCUAAAAUGGCGGACUUAUCUAAUCUCAUCACAAGUUCUACUUGUUUCAAGGUAAGUGUCUGA